UAUAGUUAUUUUGUAUGUUUUAUAUUUACCGCUCACAAAAAAAAAAAAAUUCGCCUUAACUCUAAUUUAAGAGGGGGGAUGAGAUUUUAGUGAAUUUACAAAAAUGGCAAAUAAUAAAAAAAGGUUGGGAAUCGCUGAUGUAGCAUUUACCAUAUUAUGGAAAGAGAUCAACUAGAAAUAUUGUACAAUACAAAGUUGGAAUGGUUUUGCCCAACCCAACAUUUUAAAUGUUAAACCCCAUAUAGGCAUUUAUGAAUGUAUUUUUUAAAUCACUUUUAUUCAUUUCUACAUACAGUAGGGUCUCGAUAACCCGAAAGAGAUUGGCGAAAGGGGUCGUUCGGAUUAGCGAUUUGUUCGGAUUACCUUUGGCUUAAAAAAAAAACAUCAGUUUUAUUGUAAUUUAAAUUAUAAAAUUUUAUUUUCAUCUAUAUUAAAUAUUAAUCAUGUGAAAACUCGUAAUUUCAAAAGACAAUGAAUAUAUAAAAAUAUUAACUAUCAUAAUAAACAUAAUCAAAAAUUGUAUUACCGGAAAAUAUUAUUUAUAAAUUCAUAUGUGCAUAUUAGAUAAGAUAAGAUAAUUCUCAAGUCCGUUCGGAUUACAGCGUCUUUCGGAUUAGCCUGUGUUUAGAUUAUCGAGACCCUACUGAAGUUAUAUCAUGAGUAACAUUUAUAUUUAAAAUGUUUUUGCAAAUAUUUAUUAAAAUAAUAAUUUAUAUUAUUUUUAUGGGCCUAAACAAAUUUUUACAACAUACUUCCAUUAUUACUACAACACAACCUUUUAAGAGGAUUCACAUGUUGUGUCUCUGUAUUACAAAAGUGUAACGUGGCCAAUUGUAUGUUCGGAAUAAUCAAUUUAACUCUGUUAUGAUUCAUAUUGGAGCAUAUUGACCUAUUAUCAAAUUUAGAAGAAAGAAUAUUAUCUAGUUAACAUCAUAGGAUUUUUUUAAAUAUUUUAAUAUUGCUAUUUUUCCAUGUUACAAGUUUGUAAGACAGUCGCAACACAUGCAGGCAUAGCAUCCUCUUAAAAAACACUGUUCUAAAGAUUAAAGACAUCAUGCUGAGGAAUGAAAAUGCAUUGGUUAAUUUUAUAACAAUAAAAUUUAAAAAUCCAUAGUAAAUUGUAACUUUUAAAAAUACACCUUUACAUUUAAUGGCUAAUGAAUAUUACAAUUUCAUAUUAUCAAAUAAGUCAAAAUUAAAAAAAAAACAUUCAGAGAAAGUGAAAACAGCAGUCGAAUAAAAAAAAGGUACCUAUAUAAUCAAACAUAAAUACAUUUUACAUGAUUAUUUAAUUAGGUAUGUUAAUUAACCCUCAUAUUUUCUGUAGAUAGUACUACCCAUAUAAGUAAUAAUUUUUUUACAAGAGUUGCUGACUGCUGUUAUAAAUAAUAUAUUGUUUAACUUUCACUAUUUAGUUUCACACAUUGUGUUACAGCUUUAAACUAAAUAUUACUUAUUUUAGCGAGUAAUUGAUACAAAAAUGAUAUUUUCAUACGAAAAAAUAUAUUUUAUUAAAAUCUUAAUUAUAUUCUUUAAUUUGUAUAGCAAUAGUAUGCAGUUAAAUUUCAAAUGGCCAGAAAGUCAUUUACAGUUAACUCCAUGUCAUUCAACAUACACAAUAUCUUCAGGGAAUUAUGUGUUGGACUAUGAUUCAAAAGUAACUGGGAAUUACCACAACGAUUGCACUUUUUUAAUAGAAGGUCCACCAGGAACACAAAUGCAGUUAAAUGCAACUAUUUCAAUAUUAAAUAAAAUAAAUAAUGAUGAAUGUAUGGACUGGAUAAAAUUGUAUGAUUUCUAUAGUAAUACAACAUUAGUACCUUUAGGAGAAUAUUGCGAAUCAACAAAUUUAACCAACUUAUUAACAUUUUCAAACAUCAUGUACAUUAUUAUUAAUAUUUCACCGGACGAUUUAUUCAAAUUAAGCAUAACGACUUAAGUUUGGAAAGUUUUUAAAAAUAAUAAUAAUAGAACAACUAAAUAAUAUUUUUUAAUUACAUUUUGAAUACUUUUUUAAUUAUUGUU